AUGGUCAUCUGCGGUGGUGAUCACGGUGGACUGGAUGGUUCACGAUGUUAUGGCCACCAACAAGAACAAAUGUCUCACAACAAGACCAACUCCCACAGCCUCUUGAUCGAGAACAUCUACUGCGACUCUAAUGGGAGAUGUGCCAUCGGAUCCCUCGAUUCCCGCGCCAACGUCUGCAACUAUCGUCUACCGCAACGUCUACACAGGGACACGAACCAGACGAUGAUAUUCAAGAGCAACGGCAGCUCGAGCUAUGUAUCCAACGUCGUGUUUGGGGAGUUCAUAAUCGGUACACAAACCAGCCCUAUUCCCUUCCUUCAAUUCUCCUCCACACAGAAUACUCGUCAAUAA